UUAACAUUAGAGGGAAAACGUCUCUUGUUUAGCAGCGCGGCUGAUGUUCAGCUGUUGCGCUUAUCAAAUCUGAACUGGCAGAGGAAAAUUUGAAAUGGGAAGUUAUAUUGUCGUGCGUCGACUGGCUACACAGCCCAAAUUGGCCCAUGCCCCUAAACGCAAGUGGAAGAGCGUCGUUGGCUUGGAGGUGCACGCACAGAUUACAAGCGCAUCCAAAUUGUUCUCGGGCAGCGGCACAGCCUUUGGUGCGCCACUGAACACAGCGGUUACCUACUUUGAUGCAUCGAUACCAGGCACGCUGCCGGUGCUCAAUCGCAAAUGCGUAGAGUCUGGGAUAAAAACCGCCUUGGCGCUUGGCUGCCGGGUGAACGAGGUUUCCAUGUUUGAUCGGAAGCAUUACUUUUAUGCCGAUUUGCCAAACGGCUACCAAAUUACACAACAACGCGCUGCCCUGGCGAACGACGGUCUGAUGACAUUCCCGGUCAUAACGCCUGGGAAGAAGGUCUACUAUAAAUCAGUCAACCUUCUGCAAUUGCAACUGGAGCAGGACAGUGGCAAAUCGUUGCACGACGAGCAGCUCAAACGGAGCCUAGUUGACCUUAAUCGUGCUGGUGUGCCAUUAAUGGAGCUGGUAUUUGCGCCAGAUUUGGAGACUGGCGAGGAGGCUGCCUCGUUGGUGAAAGAACUGGUGCUUAUACUAAGACGACUGCAAACCUGUAGCUGUAAAAUGGAAGAGGGUGCCCUGCGUGUGGAUGCGAAUAUAUCUAUACAUGAGGAAGGAGCUCCUUUGGGUGUACGCACAGAGGUCAAAAACAUUGGCUCCGUGCGCAGCAUAUCGCAGGCAAUUUCAUAUGAAAUCAAUCGACAGCUGGAGCUUGUUGCCGAGGGCGGCGUGGUAACAAACGAAACGCGUUCCUGGGAUGCUGAGCAUAGACGCACCGUGGCAAUGCGUGAUAAGGAGGUGCUGCAGGAUUAUCGCUUCAUGCCCGAGCCCAACUUGCCGCCGCUGCAUGUUAAUCUUAAACCGGGCUCGGUGUCAACCCAAGAAUUAAUAUCGGUUGCGGCUCUUAGUAAGGAAAUACCCGAGUUGCCUGAGCACACGCGUCAACGCCUUGUGGAACAUUACAAACUUAAUGCAGAGACAGCCAUCAUUUUGGUGAAUGAGCCUGUCCUGUUGGAGCAUUUUCUGAACAUUACCGAGAGCCUGUCGGAUGUCCCAACCAAAGUAGUUACAAAUUUUCUCAUCAACGACUUGUUAACUUACUGCAACAAGCUUAACCUGGACAUCGAAGAUUAUUCCACGAGCGCCAAUGCUUUGAAGGAUGUCUUGAAGGCGCUGCAUGCAGAACAAAUCAAUUUACAAGCAGCCCGCCAACUUAUUCAACUUUUACACGCGAAUCCAACUAGCUCAGUUUGCGAACUUAUUGGACAACACAAUCUGCAACAGAUUUCUGAUCUCGCCACCAUUGAGGCUUAUUGUCAGCAGGCUAUUGCGAACCAGCCGAAGGCUGUGCAGCAAUACCAAAAGGGCAAAUCCAAGGCUCUCUUUGCCAUUGCUGGCGAGGUGGCCAAGCUGUCGGCGCAGAAGGCGAACAUGAAAAUCGUUGUUGAGUGUUUGGAAAAGCUGUUAAAAAAAUAAAGGAAAUGUUAAAGUGUUACUGGACGUGUGAAUUUUUUGUAUAUUUAAUCAAUUAUGCUGUAAGUUCUUGAACACAUGCUGUAUUUAGUUUGGGUAUGUUAAAAGUUGAAUGUGCAUGUCAAUGUUAUAUAAAUUAUUAUGUGAUCGAUUUAUAGCUCAUAUAUGAUAUAUAUGUAGUUCUGUGCUCUCCUGCCUGUCGAGGAGAAGCGGAACUUGUGACCCUUUAAUGUAUAAUAUUGUAAAUUAUGCUUGUGUGUCAUAUUCGAUAUAUGUCCAAUUCAGGAAAAACCAAUUAAAUGCGAAAAAAUGGAACGCACUAUAUUCGAUUGUCUAUCAAGGCAGACAAUGAACAGCUAGAAUCGUAUUUGAAGCUCUUCAACUUUGAUGAAUGGUGAACUAAAUAACGCGAUUUUCAAUAUUUGUUGUUAUCAUGAUUUUUGUUAUCUUAAGCGUUUGCC